CACCGCCAUGAGUGCCGGCGAGUUAGCAUGCAUCUACUCCAUCUUGAUGCUCCACAAUGACGGAAUCGCAAUCACCGCGGAGAAGAUUAACACUAUCUUGAAGGCUGUUGGUGUCACUGUCGAAUCAUACUGGCCAAGCUUAUUCGCCAAACUUGCUCAGAAUAAGAGCAUUGACGAUCUCGUUUUGAACGCUGGCGCUACCGGUGGUGCCGCUGUUGCCGUAUCUGCUCCUU